CUGCGACGGAUCACUGCGUUUCUAUAUUUACACCUCUUUUGGAUCAUUUUCUCCUGGGUACAAUCAUAUUUUGCUGAAAAGGAAGGAACAAGUUUAAAGGACAUGGUGGAAGUUUCCAAGAGCGUUUUCCUUUUUCUGACCUGCAUGCUGCUUGAACCGGUGUUCUCAACGCAGCAUCAGAUGUGCGACAUCAAAAAGGAAAUAGACCGGGAGCGGGACUUGUGUGAGGCCCAGGUCGACGACAAAACAACAGGUUGUUCUGUCAUGUGGGAUAAGAUCACCUGCUGGCCCAUGGCUGAAGUCGGGGAGGUGGUCACCAUACCCUGUCCCAAAUACCUCUUCUACUUCUCAGGAGACAUUCCUACACGUAAUCUGUCAAAGACCUGCACUGAAGAUGGCUGGACCCCGAUAAGCCUGGACUCCUACAUAAUAGACUGUGGGUACAAUCCCAACAGCACCUCAGAUGAAGAUGUGGGAGAGUUCUAUGGCGCUAUUAAAGUGGGUUACACCAUUGGCCACACCGUGUCCCUCAUUUCUCUGACCAUCGCCAUCAUCAUACUCUGUCUAUUUCGGAAGCUGCACUGCACCCGAAACUACAUCCACAUGCAUCUAUUUGUGUCUUUCAUACUGAAGGCCGUCGCCGUUUUCAUCAAGGACGUUGUCCUCUAUGAUGUCGGGGAGACAGAAAACUGCCAGUCAACCGUGGGCUGUAAGGCGGUGGUGGUCUUCUUCCACUACGGCGUCAUGGCGAGUUACUUCUGGCUGCUGGUGGAGGGCCUCUACCUCCACGCUCUCCUUGCCGUCUCCUUCUUCUCCGAGAGGAAGUACUUCUGGUGGUACAUCCUGAUUGGCUGGGGGGCUCCAACAAUCUUUAUCUCAGCGUGGGUGAUUACGAAGGCUUAUUUGAAUGAUCCUGGGUGCUGGGAAAUAAUUGACGACAGCCGAUGGUGGAUCAUCAAAACACCUAUUUUAGUCACCAUACUUGUGAACUUUUUCCUCUUCAUCUGUAUAAUCCGGAUUUUGCGACAGAAGAUGAACUGCCCAGACAUCGGACGGAAGGAGUCCAACCAGUAUUCGAGAUUAGCCAAAUCCACCCUGCUGUUGAUACCGCUGUUUGGGAUCAACUACAUCAUUUUUGCUUUUAUCCCUGACCACAUCAACCCGCAGUUGAGGAUGGUGUUUGAUCUUAUUCUGGGGUCAUUUCAGGGCUUUGUUGUUGCCGUCUUGUACUGCUUUCUGAAUGGAGAAGUACAGGCAGAGAUUAAGCGUAAGUGGCGCAGAUGGAUGCUGCAGCGCUUCCUGGGCUCUGACAUGAAGUACCAGCAGCCCUCCAUCGGCAGCAACGGCAACAACUUCAGCACACAGAUCACCAUGUUGACCAAAUGCAGCCCUACUACACGCCGGGCGUCUGCGUGUCAGGAGCACUUCUCCGCCAUCUGAAACCCCUCUGAAGCCAACUCCCCCCUCGGUUUUUAUCAUUACGUUCUCAGUCUGUGGCUCACAUGCACUGUUCAAACCCAGAUGAACAUGAAGAUUUGUUACUGAAGGUUAGUGACACGUUAGCACCGAGGCUAAUGUUUGUAGCUGUAUUUAUUACCUGGAAGGAUGAGCGCCAGGCUUCGGGACAUUUAAUUUAUUCAACAAACAUGAAAUAUCAGUUAAAAUUAAAGUUUAAAGGUGCAAUAUGUAACUUUCACACGUGUUCAUUUUGCUAACGUGGAGUUUAUAUCGGAGUGUUUGAUUAUAAUUGAGUCAUUUUCUUAGGUUUUUGGUGCAAGAAGUGACCGUAUUUGGACAAAGCAAAGUGCAAGGGUUGAUGCUAAUAGUAACUUAAUGACACAAGAUCCUUUGUGUCUUGAUGGCACAACUUUUGCUAAUUUUCCUCGACUUGGUUUGGUUUUGGAUUCAGUGCGCUGCAGCGUUCCUCAGUUCAGCCGGUUGUCAUAGUAACGCUAUGUAAACUGGGACUGCAGCUAAGACUAAAGUAAAGAUGGCGGAGGAAAACUUUAGACAUGAUUUCUUA